AUGUCGGUUCCAACUUCAUCUGACGAAUCAGCGAUUUCUUCCGAAUCCAUUCCCUCCGAAUCCAUUCCCUCUGAACCAGCAGAACCUGCCUCCUUUAAUGCACAAACAAAAAAGGAGGAACCUAAUAAGAAGGCGCAAUUGCCAUACUUUGUCGCUAGGAAUAGCCUCAACAAUCUGGGCGUAUAUCACAAGGAGAAGCGGGGUGGAAACCUAAGGCUCACGUUGGUGAAGGGCGGAGAAGGAAAUUUAAUGGCUUUGAAGCAGGACAUAAAGGAUGCAUUGCAGCUUAAUGAUAAUGAAAUAUCUGUCAAUAAUGUCACUAGGCAAAUAGUCAUAAGGGGACAUAAGAAGUUGCAGGUUUUCAAUUUCCUUCAUACCAUGGGCUUCUGA